ACUCUGCAUGCAUUGCUAAUUCUACAGUGUACCAUUACCCAUAGCUUUUCAUUCUAUCCUCAAGUACUGGAAACGCAGAACAGUCACAUUAUGCUGCACCUUCGUGUGGCAUUUGGUGUACGCACAAUCAAAUGGAUGGGAACCGUUAAGGCUAUGUUACACUGCAUUAAAUGGCUGUAUUAAACCAAAGAAAGAAUGUAAUGCGCAAAAUAGAUUCCAAAUGGCCACUCGAGGUUAAUUAGACAGAUUGUGGUGGUGAUGGUGGGAGGCAAAGUGCGGCAAUAGACUUCGAUGCGUGUAAGAGAAUCAUCCCUGCAGAAGUGACUGAAACUGGAGCCCUGAUCACCUGCUCAUCAACAAAGGCAGUUUUUUUCUUCCUCUUCAUUUGAGAGCAAGACUGCUCGACAGCAGCUAAACGGCCAGUGUCAGCAAGGGAGAGACAAGGAACGCACCCGGUCACCCACAUGGAGCUUGCAGCAGGUACGGCCACUCCACUGCAGAAGGAAGUCACCUUGGGUGCCUGACAUGCCUGAAGACAGAUCUGUAGUGCUUAUUUUUGCACCGAAUACUGCAUUUGUACAUACAAAUAAAUAUUAUUUUUGCUGUGGGCAUGUUCUAUAAAGGAACUAGAACAAAAACCGCAUUAAAAAUACCAUUAUAAUACCAUCAUUUAUUCAGUAGUAUUUAUAUUAUUACUCAGACUGUAUCAAGAUGGUACCUAUGAAGUCCAUGGCAAUGCCCAGCGAACUGCUGUGUGAAACUGUUGAGUGGCAGCCAAGGAACAAGGAAGAAGGGGGCAGGGCAAAGAAUGGAGAGGAUGAGACGGGGGACUGCUACAGCAUCACCUCAGUGAUCCCUUCUCCAGCCGAAAACAUGCAGCAGCCGAAAUCAGGAGACCAGCCCGAGGAGGAGUUGGUUUUGCAGAGCCCGCUGGUGUCCCCUCACACCGAGGACAGUCUGAGUAACGCGGGGCACCGUGUUUCCCCCCUGGAGUCCAUCAGAGAGCUAGACGAGGUGGACGAACAGGGCUCCGACCUACACAGGAGCCCGGGGGACGGGGCGGUGAAGGUCAGAGAGCAGGUAGCUGGUGCCGGGUCCCUGCCGAGCUCUGUGGAGAGGAACAGUGGGAUGGGGGACAGUUCAGGUGACAGAAGUUCCCUGUCUGGUGCCGGAUUAGUGCCGACCUUCAAAUCCGCGGUCACGCGUGUGCAGAGAGCAAAGCUAGAUGGCGAAAUGGCAGAUCUUUUAAAGCACCCACAGGGAACUUCCCAUGACAACCUUCUCCAGGUCGAAUCCCUAAAUAUGCAACCUGAGGAGAAAAGCGAGGAAAACAGUUCCUGCAGUGGGAGCAGAGUCUGUCGUAAAGAGAAAGGGCAUGAUUCCAUAACAGAAUUCUCCCAGCCUGAAAAAGGGGCCCGAAGUGAGGAGUCCCUGGACAAAGACCUGGAGACUUCGGCCACUUCACUGCAGGAGCUACAGGACCUCAAACUACACCAUCAGUCACACCAGGAAGAAAUAAAUCAUCUGUGCACUGAACUGAGGGACUCUAAGGAGAGGAUCAGAGAGCUCGAGAGUAUACUCAGCACAGAGGGGAAGAAAGGUGAGAACCAAGCCCAUGAAAUCCCAGAGCUGGAGUCAGAGAUGUCCAACAGUUCUCUCAUUGCUGUCCUGACUGAGUGCCAGUCCAAAAUAGAGCAGCUGGAAGAAAUCAAACACUCCUCACUUAAGUUUACAGUCCAGCUCCAGGCAGCGCAGGGUCUGGCAGCGUCUCUGCAGAGGAGGGUGCUCUGUUUGGAGAAUGAGCGCACACUGAAGCAGCAGCAGGUGCUGGAGCUGACCAAGGAGCUUGAGGCCACCAGGAGAGCACUGCAGGAGAAGAGCGCAGAGGUGGCCUGCCUCACAGCGCAGCUCCAUGUCCUGCAGCAACUGAGGGAGAAGACCCGGGAGAGUGGGGCUUGUUCAUCGGAUGUCCUCGCAAAUGGACACACCACCGUGGAACAGCACAGGCAGCCCAGGCAGUACUCUAAUGACUCAAAGGUGUGCACACUGCUAUGAUUGCAGGCCAAGGGGGAAUAGUACCAAAAUGAACAGACCUAUGGUACUUUGUGAGUAGAUUGAAGGACAAAGCAAGACAAGUAUUCAACCGACCUGUCUGUAACCUAGAAUUAUAUGGUUAUUGUUUCUGAAACUGUAGAACUGGAAGAACCAAGUUCAUUAACAUUUCAUAACAUAUGAUUUGGAACAAGUAAUUAUGUUAGACAGAAAUUUGAAUGUAUUGUUCAUAUCACUCAAACGGUGAAAUGUUUUGUUCUUCAUAAAAGAUUGACCAGGGGAUAAACGAACAUAUUUUUCUAUCCAGGAGCUGGGUCAAACCCUCAAUUCAAUGUGAAAUAACUUAAUUAAAGCACUUGUCAAGCGUGAAAGCGUUUGUAAAAACGGAAAACAUGCGUUUUACAGUGAUAUCGUUUAUAAGUAAUCGAGGAAAUAUAGUAACUGUACGGUUGUAUUUACUGUGCGAAAAAUAUAUUUAGUCUACACAUUGCAAUUACAUCGAACAGUUGUUCAAAGUUCAGUGAGUGAACAGAUGAACA